CUGUUUUAGUUAUAAUUUCAUAUUUAUGUGAAGCAGUGUACAUCCAAAGAAAAACAAUUAUUCCUUAGAAAAUAUCAACUAAAUCUCUUUAAAUAUUACAAGUCAUGGGAUCAAAAAGAAUGCUUGAAAUAAUUACAACAAAGUUAUUGUUUAAUUCGAAUAUAUAAAGCAACCUUACCAACAAAAUACUGAAAUAUUACAUAACCUAUAAACCACAUUUUUCUAUUUUUCAAAGCUUCUGGCUGGUGAUAGUAUUUUAUUCAUUGUUUUAUGAUUUUAUAGUAUUUUACUAGUUCAUUAUUAGUAAAUUUUCAUUUAUAAAGAAAGAUGGGUACCGAGGAUCUACUAGAAAACACACUUUUAGGAAUGGGAAAUCCAUUGUUAGAUAUAUCUUCAGCUGUAGGCAAAGAUUUCCUUACCAAAUACGAUCUGAAAGAAAAUGAUGCUAUAUUAGCAGAUCCUAAGAAACAUAACGACCUUUACACUGAAUUAGCAGAAAAUUAUAAGGCCGAUUAUAUUGCAGGAGGGAGUGUUCAAAAUGCUUUAAGAGUAUGCCAAUGGCUCGUAGGGAAACCUAAAGUAACAACUUUCUUUGGGUCUGUUGGUAGAGACAAGUUUUCAACAAUUUUAUAUGAUAAAGCUACAGAGGAUGGAGUCAAUGCAAGGUACCAAUAUAAUGAUAAGGAGCCUACUGGUACAUGUGCAGUUUUAAUACUUGACCAUCACAGGUCACUGUGUGCCAAUUUAGCAGCUGCAAAUAAUUUUACCAUUGAUCACAUAAGAGAUAGCACAAACAAAAAAUUAAUUGACUCCGCCCAGUUUUAUUAUGUUUCUGGAUUUUUCUUAACUGUCAAUCCACCAUCAAUAAUAGAGGUGGCCAAAGUUGCUUUGGCACAUGAUAGACCGUUUGCCUUCAAUUUGAGUGCUGCUUUUAUUUCACAAUUUUAUAAAGAACCUUUGUUGCAAGUAUUGCCUUAUGUUGACGUGCUGUUUGGCAAUGAACAAGAAGCAGAAACGUUUGCUCAAGAGCAAAAUUUUGGUACCAAAGACAUGAAGGAAAUAGGAAUAAAGAUUAGUCAGCUUCCUAAACAGAACGAGAAACGGUCCAGAGUGGUCAUUUUAACGCAGGGCGUUGAUCCAGUACUUCUAAUCCAAGAUGGUGAAGUUACAGAGUACAAAGUUGAUGAGGUGCCUGCAGAACAACUCGUUGAUACCAAUGGUGCCGGAGAUGCGUUUGCAGGGGGAUUUCUUUCACAAUAUAUUCAAGGAAGAGAACUGGACGUCUGUAUUAAAUGCGGUAUCUGGGCAGCUAGACAAAUAGUUCAACGUAGCGGAUGUACCUUCAUAGGCAAACCAACUUUCGAUCCGUUUGCCUAGUAUAUGUAUUAGAAUAAUUGUUAAAUUAAUUAAUUCAUCAUACAGAGUGCUCUUCCAAUUUAAAAAAUAAUAAUUUGCAAUAAACAAUUAAUAAAAAUUAUGUAAGGGUAACAAUUUAAGGUUUCUAGAGUUAGGUACUUAUAAUUCACAGGGUAUUUGUAAUAAUUUCUAGGUAUGUAAAUACUUACAUUCUGAUUUAAAAGAAAAAGCAAUAUUUUGUUUUUGACAUUAUAACAAUUAUAAUUAAGUUCUAUUUGGUAUUUUCAUUAUCUAAUAAUCACAUAUAUGGUUUGACAAAUUAAUUAACAAUUUCAGUACUUAAUAACAAAUAUUUGUAAUAGUAGAAACAAGAAGUAUAGGUCAAAUUUAAAACAAAACAAUUUUUUUAACUAGCAUCAAUCAUCAUCCCCAAGUCAACUCGACGCAAUUUUAUAAAAUUUGAGAAAAUAACCAAUGUUUAAACUUACACUUCAAAAAUCAAUAAGCAAAUGAAUUGAUACCCUUUUAUCACUAGUAAGGCAUAAUUUUGCAUCUUUUAUAGCAAAACCAAAAAAUAGUUGUACUUAAUUGUAUAUAAACUUUUAUACAAUUUCAGUUGUUAAAUAAAUUGUUAUACAAAUUUUAA